AUGAAUAAAAAAACGAUGCAGCAGAAAAGGCAAUCCAUGGUGAAAAAUAAGAGCGAGAUAUACCCGCAGAAGAGCCUGAACCUGGGGCAGAAGUCAAAAAGCAGAGGCAAAAGUAUGAACGGAAAAAUUAAGGUGGUCGUAAGGAAGAGACCCAUCAGUGAAUUAGAAAAAAAAAGGAAAGACCUGGACAUCAUAACAGUGAAGGAUAAUUCCACCAUAUAUAUAGACGAGCCAAGAUACAAAGUGGACCUCACCAAAUACGUGGAGCGACACGAAUUCAUAGUAGAUAAAGUAUUCGACGAAACAGUAGACAAUUUUACCGUCUACAUAAAUACAAUAAAGCCGCUAAUUGUAGAUAUUUUCGAAAGUAAUUGUGUCUGUUCAUGUUUUGCCUAUGGACAGACCGGGUCAGGAAAGACGUAUACCAUGUUAGGGUCCCAACCCUAUGGACAAAGCGAAACGCCAGGCAUUUUCCAAUACGCAGCAGAAGAUAUAUUCAGCUUUUUAAAUCUAUACGAUAGUGAUAACAGUAGGGGGAUUUUCAUUUCCUUUUACGAAAUUUACUGUGGGAAAUUAUACGAUUUGUUACAGAAAAGAAAAAUGGUAGCCGCUUUGGAAAACGGGAAGAAAGAGGUAAUUGUGAAGGAUUUAAAAAUUUUAAGAGUCUAUUCUAAGGAGGAGUUAAUUGCCAAAAUGAUAGAUGGAGUCAUGUUGAGGAAGAUUGGAGUGAACUCUCAAAAUGAUGAGUCGUCUAGAUCACAUGCUAUUUUAAACAUCGAUUUGAAGGACAUACAUAAGAAUGUCUCUCUGGGCAAAAUUGCCUUUAUAGAUUUGGCUGGCAGCGAAAGGGGUGCAGACACCGUUGCGCAGAAUAAACAAACCCAAACGGAUGGAGCGAAUAUUAAUAGAUCCUUGUUAGCUCUGAAGGAAUGCAUUAGAGCCAUGGAUUCCGACAAACAUCAUAUUCCAUUUAGGGAUUCAGAGCUAACUAAAGUCUUGAGAGAUAUAUUUGUUGGAAAAUCUAAAAGCAUCAUGAUUGCAAAUAUUUCCCCCACUAUUAGUUGCUGCGAACAGACACUGAAUACGUUGAGGUACUCUUCGCGUGUUAAAAAUUUUAAGCAUAAAAUGAAUACCACUGAGGAGGAAGACCCCAAUAGUGAGAAAAUUAGCAUCCUGGAAUCUAGAAGCGGCGAGAUGAACACCUCCGGAGCGGAGGGCGCUGCUAUGAAAUCGAAUUCUCUCAUGCGAAGUGGCAGGGAGAACAUGAAGUCGAACGAGUUGAAGGAGCGGCGUGGUGGCAGUGGCAUUGUAGGUGGUUUGAUGAACCCCUCCCGGAAUGGAAAACAUGUUGUGAAAAAUCAGGACGGCUUACCCACCAACCAGACCAAGUACAACUCAGUCAACGAUAUGGAUAAACUAGCGCAAAAGAAGAAGAAAAAAAAAAGCCUCCUCAAUUUUAAAAGCAAUAACACAAAUUAUGACAGCCUAUCGAGGAAGCAAAAUUAUAUUCAGCAAAAUUACGCCUUCUCGGACACGUCGGAUUUCUCCUCCCUGGAUGAGAUGAAUUGCAACCUUAACAAGAAUGACAAAAAUAUGUUCCUGUCAUGCAGGAAGAAUGCCAAACAGGGCGUGAUAAAAAACAGGAGCAGCUGCGAUGGCGUGUCCAGCAAAGCGAAGAAGACCGAUGUGCAGGUGCAUCGGCACAGCGUUGGCAGCAAGUUAACCAAUUUCCCCAGUGAACGGGAGCGCCUCAAGGAGAGGGCCUUCUUCAGGGGCAACGCCACCACCUCGAGCGGGAACGCCUCAAGCACGAAGCAUCAUAUUGGUGGCGGUAACGUAGUCAUUGGUAGUGGUGCACUCCCAAACAAUCCGGACCACGUGCACAUCCGGCACGCCGACAGGGAAAAGAACAGAGACAGCGACAACAUAUUUUACGAUGCCGUGUCGAAUACGUCCGAAAGCGCCAACCGGUUGCUUCAGCAGAGCGUGCAAAACACACUUAACGUGAAGGAGAAGAACCAAAGAGACGAACACGCAAACAACCCCGCUGCAGCAAUGACGCACAAGAUGAGUUACGAUUACAGCCAACCUGACAGGAGCAACUCCUUCGCCGGGAUAAAGGAGAGACCCACGAAGGGCACCAGCCUUUUUAUCAAUUGUGACGCAGAAAGUACGAUCUACGGGGGGAAGGAAAAUCUACCCUCCACAGGAAACCUUUCCACUGUGCAUCUACACACAAAAGGAACUUCGUUUGAUAAAUCACCAAACGAGGGUGUGCACUGCCCUCCAGGUGAACCUCCACUUGGUAGUAGCAAUGAAGAAUACUGCAACGUGGCAAUGCUCGGUGUACACGCGGAGGUGGGUCUACCCAACAAUGGCAACUCAGUGCAGAACACCUCCAACGAAUUCUUUCCUCACAGUCAAUAUUACAGCCAAAAUUACGGCCAAAGCAGUUUUAACCAAUAUAGCGGAAACAGCCCAACCGAUCUGACCGACAUUAACAGAGUAACCGCUGAGGAGUGCCACAAAAUUGGAAUAUCCGAGACAGCCAAUGCUGGUAGCCAAAACGUACAGCAGAAUGAAUUUUCCCCUGAAGAGCACGCAAAACAGUUCCAGAAAAAUCUGAACAGCAUGGUAGACAAUUGCCUGAACACGCUAAAUAUAGCUAACCUAUGUGAAGACACGCAGAAUAUACUGAACAAUAUUUUGCUCUCAAAAUAUACGGCAGAUAAAGAAAUGUUAAUAAGAAGGUAUAUCAACGAGGAUGUAAAUAGCAUGAGCUUGGAAAAGUUAGAUAAGUAUGCUCAGCUGAUCUAUGAAAAGAGAAAAACAAUUCUCAGUAAACUUCUUUUUUUGUUCAAAAAGAAUGUGGAUGUACAGACAAAUAAUGAAACAAGUGACUUAAAGAAAGAUCUGGUUAUGUGUCAUAUCUGUAGUAACAAUCCAGAUGACCAGUUCCAUUUUUAUGCCUACAGUAGAUUAGAAAAAGACAUGAUAAAUUUAAUAACGCUACGGCAACUAUGGUGCGAGAGUGAGAACUUGAGGCAACUGCAUCAGUACCUCAUGGUGGAAUAUCAGAACAAAUCUGCCAAUUUAAUCACCUUUAAUGUUUUUCCGAAUAAAAAUAGCACCAGCUCAUUGAAUAAGAAGUAUGUGGAGGAUGCCAAGGGGCAGUCCGAAACCGCGAGGUCCGCUGUGGGUCCUCUGCAGUAG